GCGCCGGCAAUCGAUCUCGCACCGCAGUCCGGCUAGGCGUUCGACCAUGGCAGACAAGACGAAAGUUGCUGAACAAUACUACGCCCCCCCUCCGGAUCUAGGAAAAUGGGAGUCCUUAAGGAUCUUCCUGUGGAAUUCCGAAACUGGACAAUUUCUUGGCCGCACGGGAUCCAGCUGGGCCAAAAUCCUACUCUUCUAUUUGAUCUUCUACGCUAUUCUGGUCGGCUUCUUCGCGGCGAUGCUGACGAUCUUCUACCAGACCUUGGACGCUAAGAUGCCUAAAUGGCAGAUGGAGGGCUCUCUCAUCGGCAAUAAUCCGGGUCUUGGAUUCAGACCGAUGCCGGACUCCGCAACUGUUGAGAGUACCCUGAUUUACUACAGAGCCAAUGACAAGGGAUCCGUGCUCAAAUGGGCUCAAGUCGUCGAUGACUACCUUGAACAGUACCGCAAGAAGGGCAGCGGCAGUGGUGAGGCUUCCGGCGCUGAGAAUCGUGUCCCUUGCUCCCCGACUUCUUCCAACUUGGGCGAGAAGCAGGUCUGCGAUGUUCCCGUUGACGAGUUCCACCCUUGCACUUCAUCAAACCAGUACAACUACGAGGAGGCCGGACCUUGUGUAUUCCUCAAGCUGAAUAAGAUCUUCAACUGGAUUCCUAAUGCUUACAACACCACAGACGGCUUGCCAGAGAAAAUGCCAGAGGAUCUGAAACAGCACAUUAAGUUGGUCUCCGGCAAACCAGAGGCCAAUACGGUGUGGGUAUCCUGUGAAGGCGAGAACCCUGCUGACGUUGAAAACAUCGGCCCUGUGCAAUACAUUCCACGUCGUGGCUUCCCAGCCUACUACUAUCCUUUCACCAACAAGGAGGGAUACCUCAGCCCUCUCGUGGCUGUUCUCUUCGAGAAGCCCAGGACGGGUGUCCUCAUCAACAUUGAAUGCAGGGCGUGGGCGAAGAACAUCAACUAUGACCGAUACGAGCGGCGGGGCUCGGUUCACUUCGAGCUGAUGGUAGACCGUUCUUAAGCAGCUAUAUAUUGGCCGACAACUUGGCAGCAACCAUUUUGACACGUUUCGCUUGGCCAAAUCACCAUACAAUUGCUUAUUUUACUGCUAAGAGUCAUCUUGGUGAAACGCACUUGGCCAAGUUUUAAGACUGCCUUCCACUGCCAACUCCAAGAGCGGUCACCGUUCUAAAUCUUCGCCAAGUCAGCCGUGGUUGACCGCCAAGUUGUCCGACUGUCCGCCAAUUGGUUACCAAGUUCACUUCACUGACCAAUUGGUCGCCAAGGCUGCCAAGAACAUACACCACGCCGGGCGCCGGCUGCCAAGAGCGCCAUUAGCAAUAGCCACAUAGUCGGCGGUUUAUUUAUAUUCGUUUUAGAAUAGCCCUCGGGCGCCACUGAGUUGAAGUUUUCGUUUACACGCUUAAAGUUAAAUUGAAUUUUAAAUUAUUAUUAAAUAAUAUUUAUUAUUGUAAUGUUUUCUGGACCGAGAGUCAAUAAAUACGCAAUAGUUGGUUCCAAUAUAGCUUUU